AUGUCUAACUGGACCCAGGUCGCUCACUUCUCUCUGGGGGGGUACUCGGAGCCGGGGCCCCUGCGCUGGUUCUACUUCCUGUUCAUACUGUGUGCUUAUGCACUGAUCCUGAGCUCCAACCUGCUCCUCGUGGCUCUGAUCGCCGUGAGCCGGAGCCUCCACCAGCCCAUGUACCUGCUCCUCUGCUCUCUGUUUGUGAACGAGGUGUUGGGCAGCUCCGCCCUGUUCCCCUUCCUGCUCCACCAGGUCCUUCAGGAGGAGCACAUCAUCUCCUACUCCCUCUGCUACCUGCAGAUCUUCUGCAUCUACCUGUACGCCUGCGUGGAGGUCUUCACGCUCGCCGCCAUGGCGUACGACCGUUACGUGGCGAUCUGCCGCCCGCUGCGGUACCACGCGCUGAUGACGCGGGGGCGGGUGGCGCUGUUGCUGUGCGGGACGUGGUCGGUGCCGGCGGCGUUCAUCGCGGCGCUGGUGUGGCUCAGCGCGGCGCUGCCUCUGUGCGGAAACGUCAUCGACAGAGUUUACUGCGGAAACUACGCCGUGGUGAAGCUGGCGUGUUCGUCCACGCGCCUGCAGAACAUCUACGGCCUCUUCUACAUGGUCCUGCAGAUGGUCCUGCCGCUGCUGCUCAUCCUCUACACGUACGGACGCAUCCUGCACGUGUGCCUGUCCGCCCCGGGGCGGGCGCGGCACCGGGCGCGCCUCAGGGCCGCGGGCACCUGCGUGCCGCACCUGUCGUCUCUGUUGAACUUCUGUCUGGGCUGCUGCUCGCAGGUGCUCAUGAGCCGCUUCGACGUGAGCUGGAUCCCCGCCGCUCUGCAGGUGACCCUGUCCCUCUACUUCUUCACCUGUCAGCCCCUGUUCAACCCCGUCAUCUACGGCCUCAACCUCAGGCAGGUGCGACAGGAGCUCCAGCGCCUGUCACAGGGUCACUUCUCCUGA